AUGAUACUGGGGGCACCGGGUCUUGACGGCAAGAGGGUCACAGCCUUGCCAAAAAACGGCCUGACUGAUUUUAUGCAGUCGAUAAUCUCCGAGAAACAAGAAACCAAAGAGCCCUUUUACGUACUUGAUUUAGGAGUCGUCACUUCCCUCAUGGACAAGUGGACACUUACCCUUCCCAUGGUACGUCCCUUCUACGCCGUCAAGUGCAAUCCCGAGCCGGCUCUCCUCGGUUCUUUGGCAGCUCUCGGAUCAAACUUUGAUUGUGCAAGCCAGGCUGAGAUUGAAUCCGUUAUAUCCCUCGGAGUUUCGCCAGAUCGAAUCGUCUAUGCAAAUCCGUGCAAGCAAGAGUCUCACAUCAAAUAUGCCGCUAGUGUUGGGGUAAAUUUAACUGCUUUUGAUUCCGAAGAAGAGCUUGAGAAAAUUCGAAAAUGGCAUCCAAAAUGUGCAUUGCUCCUUCGGAUUAAAGCCCUUGAUGAUAGCGGAGCAAGGUGUCCGUUAGGUCCCAAAUAUGGCGCACUUCCUGAAGAAGUCACGCCUCUUCUCCAAGCCGCUCAAUCAGCUCGGCUCAAUGUGGUUGGUGUUUCUUUCCACAUAGGAAGCGGAGCCACACACGCUCUAGCAUACAAAGGAGCCAUAGCUUCGGCUAAAUCUGUAUUUGAAGCCGCAGUUCGUCUUGGCAUGCCUAGAAUGAAGAUACUAAACAUUGGCGGCGGCUUCACUGCUGGAUCCCAAUUUGAUGAAGCAGCUACAGCAAUUAAAUCCGCCCUCCAAGCUUAUUUCCCAAAUGAACCGGGCUUGACAAUCAUUUCCGAGCCGGGACGGUUUUUUGCGGAGUCGGCUUCAACGUUAGCCACUAACAUUAUAGGAAAACGCGUUAGAGGUGAAUUAAGAGAGUACUGGAUUAACGACGGUAUUUACGGCUCCAUGAACUGUAUUUUAUAUGAUCAUGCAACUAUAACGUGCACGCCUCUGGCUUGCAAUUCUAAUCGUGCGAAUCCCACGUGCAAAGGGGUAAGAACUUACAGUUCGACGGUUUUUGGACCAACGUGUGAUGCUCUUGACACGGUUUUGAUGGGUCAUCAGUUGCCGGAAUUGCAGGUUAGUGACUGGCUUGUGUUCCCUAAUAUGGGUGCUUAUACGGCAGCUGCUGGGUCAAGUUUCAAUGGGUUUAAUACAGCAGCCAUUUUGACAUAUCUUGCCUCCUCGAAGUAUGACCUAGGAGAAUGUUGGUAG